AAAGUCUGCUAAUCAGAGGAUAAACAAAAAAGUAAAUAAUGAUGCAUCAUUAAGGAUUCAAAAUUUAUCUAUUUUGGUGAAACAAAUAAAAACUUAUUAUCAGGAGACUUUGCAGCAGUUGAUCAUGAUGUCUUUGCCAAAUGUGUUAAUAAUUGGCAAAAACCCUUUUUCUGAGCCAGGUACUGAAGAAAUAAAAAAACUCCUCCUGCUCUUACUUGGUUGUGCAGUUCAGUGUCAGAAAAAAGAAGAAUUUAUUGAAAGGAUCCAAGGCCUGGACUUUGACACAAGAGCAGCAGUUGCAGCCCAUAUUCAAGAGGUAACCCAUAAUCAGGAGAAUGUUUUUGACCUGCAGUGGAUGGAUGUCAUUGUAUUGACACAAGAGUAUGUUGAACCUCUUUUGAAAAAUAUGGCAUUACACUUAAAGAGACUUAUAGAUGAAAGAGAUGAGCACUCAGAGACCAUCAUAGAGCUCUCAGAAGAACGGGACUGUCUCCGAUUCCUACCUCACGCCUCGGCAGCACAAUCACCCUGUGGGUCUCCUGGCAUGAAGCGCACUGAGAGCAGACAGCACCUGUCAGUGGAGCUGGCAGAUGCCAAAGCAAAGAUCAGGCGGCUUAGGCAAGAGCUGGAGGAGAAGACUGAGCAGUUGCUUGACUGUAAACAAGAACUUGAACAGAUGGAAGCUGAACUAAAGAGGCUUCAGCAAGAG